AUGAUUGAUUUAUUUGAUAAUAUAAAACAGCUAGCUGAAAAAAAAAAUAAGAAAAAUGCGAAACAUAUGAUACAAUUGUUAAUUUUUAAAAAUGAUGUUAUUAUUGAAAAUGAAGUUGAUAGAAAUGAAGAAACAAUAAUUGAUUUUCCAAGUGAGGAUAACAGUGAUUUAAGACUGUAUGUUGAUGGAGUUGAUAAAAUAAAGGAGGAAAUACAAAAAAUAUAUUCUAUUGUUGAUGAAAUAUUGGCUUUAAAAAAUAAAAUAAAUAUAGCUAUAACAGGAGAACAAGAAAAUGAGGUAAGUGUGUUAUUAAAUAUGCAAAUAAAAAAUGCAAACAACCUUAUUCAGUCCAUAAAAAUAGAUAUAAGAAAUUUACGGAAAAAAUUCUUAUUAAAAUCGAAAGAUAAUAAAGUUAUAAAAAAAGCCAUACAUGAUAAUUUAAUUUAUGUAUUUAAAAAAGCUUUACAUAAUUAUCAACAAGUACAAAAUGAUUAUCAUCAUAGUAUGAAAGAUAAAAUGUCUAGGCAUAUUAAAAUUAUGUAUCCCCAUUAUAAUGAAGAUGAUAUUAAUUAUGUAUUAAAUCAUGAAAAUAUUAGUACACAAAAUUUGGUUAAAUGGAAAUUACAAGGACAUGAAGAUUUAAAAAAUGCAUUAACAGAUGUAGAAACAAAAUAUAAAGAUGUGAAAACCUUAGAAAAAAAUGUAUAUGAUUUACAUCAAACCAUUUUAGAGUUAUCAGCUUUAAUUGAAAUGAAUGAUGACGUGAUAAAUAAUAUAUAUGAUAAUAUUGAUGAUGCUCAACAUUUUACAGAAAAAGCAAAUGCUGAUUUGAUUGAUGCUAGAAAUAUACAAAAAUCUACCUCAAAAUGGAUGUUCUACAUAACUAUGGGUGUAAUUAUCAUUAUUGUGAUAGCAUGUCUACCUAUCUUGGUAAGGCUCAUUUAG